AUGCGCUGCCACAUCCUGACAGUGCUGGCCACUUUGGCAGCCACCGCCAUAGCCGAUGUCAAGUUCUCGUCGCCUGCCGCCGGUCAACAAAUCGUUGGUGGCACAUCCAUCACCAUCACCUGGACUGACGAUGGAACCGCUCCCACCAUCGACCAAUUCUCUACCUACACGCUGAAUCUCAUGGCUGGUGGAAACACUGCUGCUACUUCUAGCUCCCUCGUCGCACUCGGAACCGGCGCUUACUCGGGCACCACUGGUUCUGUCGUCGCUGUCAUUCCCGUCGGCCUUGGUAAGACUGCGACCAAUGGAUACUACCUCCAGAUGGUCUCGGUCGGCGUCGACGGUGGUACCGAUAUCGUCUACAGCGCCCGUUUCGGUCUCACAGGAAUGACUGGUGUCUUCACUGCUGCUCAACAGCAGGGUGUUACUGCAGCCGGCUCCGACACUACCUUCGUUCCUCCCGCCGCUCACAACCUGGUCACAGCUGUUGCUGGUGCCGGGACCACAGCCGCCGCCCCUGUGACUGGCAUGUUUGACGUGCCCUACAACGAACAGACCGGAUUCAUCAAGUAUGCUCCUAUGCAACCCAUUCCUGGAACAAAGAUUACCAAAAAGUCCGCAUCCCCAAUGAACCCCAGCUCGGCCUUCACAAUCUUCACGACAUACGCACCGCCCGCCUCCAUCACUUACACCUUGACCGAGUCCCAGACUCUGACUCACUCGAGCAGAGAGAACCCCGCAAGUGCUGCUACCCAACCCACAGCUGCCGACAUGAAGAAGUACCUCAACCGCUGGAAGGACUAG